AUGGAUAUAACCCUUGUGACACCAGAGAGAGAAUUCAAACAAGAGAUAUGGUUUUUUGACACCGUUCUAGAGAUCAAGAAGAAAAUCGAAAAAUAUGAAGGAUAUCCAAUUCCAACCCAAACUUUGAUCUACAACGGCAAAGUUCUGGCCGAUGACGGUGAUACCGAGCUCUACGAGAUUCUCGAAGGAUCGAAAAUACAACUAAUAGUCGAAACAGAGGAAGAGAAGCGUGUCAAGGCCGAAGAACCCGUCAGGGUUUUGUUAACGAUCAAUAUAUCUAUGUCGAAGAAGCAGUUCUCAAUAGAAUCCGAUGUUACGGACAAUGUGAGUCGACUUAAGGAGAGAAUUCAAGAAUCCGAAGGGAUUCCGGUGGGUAGAUUUGCUUUGUACUUCGGAGGAGGUGAGAUGCAGGGUAACAGAACACUAGCUGAUUACGGUGUUGCUGAUAAUUCUGAGGUGAGCGUUGUGAUCAGACCAUUUAUGUCGGGGGCGCCGGUUGGUAUGGGGGGUGCUGGUCAGAAAAAGAUGAAAGUUUUUGUGAUGCCGAAAUGUGGGACGAAGAAGAUACCCGUGGAGGUGAAUCCGUCUGAUAAUGUGAGCGAGCUGAGGAAGGAGUUACUGAGAUUGCAUGGUGAUUUGAAUUUCCACUUGCCGUCCGAAGGAUAUUUUUUCAUUUACAAGCAGAAUGUCGUGGACGAAGAUCGUACUUUUAGGUGGCAUCAUGUGCAGCCAGGCGAUACAAUUGAGAUAUUCAACGGAAGUGUUAGUGGUGGAAAUUAGUUUCUCUGAGUGCUCGUGAAUGAUUCGUUAAUUUCUUAGUUUAUGGGUAUAUGUGAUCGUCUGCAAGUUUAUAUGAAAAAGUUUUCUUUUGAAGUUCUCAAUAUGUAACAUUAUAGAAA